AUGUCUUCCUUUUCAAGGCUGGUUAGAUUUCUGUCCAACGAUGGACGCUCAUACUACGGCGAUGCCAUCCUUCCCGAGGGAGAAACCGACAUCUCCAAGGCGCAGACUGCCCGAAUCAUCGAGGGAAAUAUCUUUGGUGAAUACCAAGUCACAGAUCGAGCGGCCGAUAUCCGCACCCUUCUCCCGCCUCUAGCACCAGCCCAUUCCGGCACUGUUCGCUGUCUAGGCCUCAACUAUGCCGACCACGCCAAAGAAAACAAGCUUCCUGAGCCCAAGUACCCUGUCCUCUUCUUCAAGCCUCCCACAAGUCUCUCUGGUCCUACAGACCCCAUCCCUGUUCCUCACAUGGCCCAGGAGAUGGAUGGUCUAGACUAUGAGUGUGAGCUGGUCAUUAUCGUUGGCAAGCAGUGCAAGGACGUGCCCGAGGCCCAGGCCCUGGACUGCGUUUUUGGCUACGCUGUUGGCAACGAUAUGUCUCACAGAGACUGGCAGAUGAAGCACGGCAACCAAUGGGCUCACGGAAAGAGUUUCGACGGCUGGGCGCCAUAUGGUCCUGGCAUUGUGUCGUCCAAGUUGAUUGAGGACCCCCAGUCCCUCGCCAUUUGGACCAAGGUCAACGGCGAAAUAUUACAAAAUGGCAACACUGCCGACCAGAUUUUUGGUGUCAAAGAGACCAUUUCGCUUCUUAGCCGCGGCGUCACUCUAAUGCCAGGUGAUCUCAUCUUCACCGGGACGCCCGCCGGUGUUGGAAUGGGACGCUCACCGCAGUUGUGGCUCAAGGACGGCGACGUUGUUGAGGUCGGACUCGACCAUGUCGGUACCUGUGUCAACAAGGUCGAGUUUGCAAAAAGUUAUGCCAAAAUCUAG